CUGUUGACGGUUCAGAAGGAACUCCAUGAAGGCAAAGCGUGUUUGAAAGGAGGCGGGGCGCGCGCUAUCCCCUCGUUCUCUGCCGCUGCGGAGUGAGAGAGAGCGAACGAGAGAGAGAAAGAGAGAGAAAGCGCUGAAAGGACAGAAAGAGAAGCGACGCCUGCUCCGCCAGGGUGCCGGUGGCUGACGGAGGUACUAAACAGUGAAGUUGAUUGCUGAUGCCAGUGAGUUUCUCAGUGGUUUUACCAAGAUAAACUGUACAGAGGAAGUUUCAACAGCAAACGGUCGUCCGUAACUCUCGCUACCACGCUGGAAGUUGAACGUAGCUCAACCUCCUUUGCCGGGGAAAAGAAAUCUGACUCGGAAUCAUGGAGAACUAUGAGGACGAGGAUGACAUGCACUUCUGCAUCAAGUGUCACGCGACUAUCAACGGACUGGAGAACUACGUUCAGCAUCGUCAAACCGGGUGCUGUCGACUUCCGGUGAAACAAGGUGGCGUCCAAGGGGUGACGAGUACUUCGAAGACCGUUUCGUACCCGGAGAUUCCAAAUGCUGACGCGUUUUUCAAUUCACUUGAGCUCCGGAGCAGCGCGAAAAAGCCCCAAAGACGUAUUUCUAGGACGAGGCUUAGCCCUGGCAAGAAGGACGAAAGCCACGCGGGGCCGAAGAUAAAAAGACCUCGGAGGCCUCAGAUGGAGUCUGAAGACAUGAGUUCGAAGGCUCUUCUUCCCGGAAAGCUGAACAUCCUUCCCGUGGACACAGACCUUGACAACCCCACCGACCACCUGAGCAUUCCAUCGCUAGUCGGCUUCCCCGACAUCGUGACGUCGUCCACAGGGAAAUCCGUUGCGACAACCUCGUCGAGCAAGAACUGCACGACACCAGGACCAAUGAUGAGGAUCACAGUUAUAAAUUACGGCGACAAGCAGGAGACUCCGUUAGAAAAUACAUUCGAAACCUUUAUGGCUGACGAGCCCGUCGCCAAGUCCGGUACGUCCAAACAGCGCGAAGUUUGGCUCGGAGAUACUGCCCUCAUCGAUAUGGGAGCUGGUGCUGAGACCAAAGACACGGCACACUCGUCCCUCUCUCAGUACGAGGUGUACGACUACGUGGACGAGGUUGAUUCCGAAGACGAGUGCUCUCCGGACGAAGAAGUGGUCGAGGAGGAAUCGUGCUCCGAAACCGACGACGCUGACGAUCCAGAAUAUCCACCACAAGGCUAUACUGGUGGGAAGUGGCGACCUGGACUUCCGGCCGUUGCUCAGAUGGAUACUGAGCUUGCGGAGGAAGAGGUCGAGCCUGAUCAGGAAGAAGACAAUCCGGAACGACCGCCGUCAUCUCACACUGGUGGAAAGUGGAAGCCAGUCAGCCAGCAGGAAAUUCCUCACGGACAGAAGGUGGAAGAUGACGGGAUUAAGGAUGAGAAGCAACCUGGAAACCAACCCCCUCCAGACCAUACCAGAGGGAAAUGGGUUCCUGGUGCUCGGAGUGACCAAAACAACGGCUUCUAUUGCAGUCCCUGUGCUCGAACUCUCGCUUCCAAAGUCGUCUACGAACGGCACCUGCUCUCUGAGCUUCAUGCGAAACGCAGCAUCGCUGAACUCGAUGGGGAACUUCGUCUUCCCGUGAGAGUCGAAUCUGCUCCUGUUAAGGAGACUCGUUCAAUGCGGGGAAGGCGGGUCGUAGCCAGCUGGAAGGUUCAGGACAACGAGGGGAAUAGCGCAUCGGAUGGCCAGAAACAGACGAGAAACAGAAAACGAGAGAUCAUUUGGUGCGAAAUGUGCAAAACUUGGGUUCAGCGGCCCCAGAUGGGCAAGCACCUUCUCUCUCAUUACCACUGUCGUAUCUCUGGGAUCGUUCCUCGCAGUCCCAGAGCGCGCACUUUUCUUUUAGACAACAUGGCCAACAUUGUACGUCAGUCUCCAUUCCAGUGUGCUGGAUGCCGCUUUUAUUGCAACACUGAAGAAACUUUCCUACGUCACUGGCGUUCGAAAUAUCACACUGAUGCACAUCGAGAGAUAUCGAGUAGCUUCAGGUGCACAGCCUGCGAUGUCUGGUGUGAAGAUAACGGUGAGAUGGAGGUGCACGUGAUGAGUUUGGGUCACCGACAAGUCGUUUCAAUGAUGGACGGUUCAGUGCCGGUAGUGAUAACGCGGCAGCGUCGUUUACCGUGUGACACAUGUGGCCAGCACUUUAGAUACAACCUACAGCUGAAGCAGCAUGUAGCGGAGACGGGCCACGCGGCGGAAACCGCAUCGGAUGAAUACCAAACGCGACUUCGAUGUCAGCAGUGCAACCAGAUCUACCGCUCGCAAAUAGCUCUGCAGCGGCAUCAGCUGGCCAAUCAUGUGGUUAAAUCCUCGGUAAAAAUCGAACCGUACUUCUGCUCAUUGUGCUCCUUGACGUUCUCAUCAGCCGACGAAGCCAUUCGACACCGCAAAUCUUCUCGCCAUAAAGACCGCGUCGAGGCUAAGAAGUACGCACAAACAGGUGUUCAGCGAAAAAAGAACUGUCUGCACUGCGACGCCUCUCUGCCCAGCAUAGUCAAGCUUAAGGAACAUCUCCUAGCCACACACAUCGAGCUGUGUCCAAGGUGUCCCAGGUGUGGAAUGUCCUUCGCAACGCCCCAAGGUCUUGCGUUGCACUCUCGACAGCGAAAGUGUAAAUUCGGGGCGGCCCAAGCGUCGGGCAAUGGUAAGAGCGAAAGCAGUGCCAGGAGUGUCGGAAAUGGCGAGGAAGUGGUUGAAAACGUUGGCAUUGCGGAGGACUUUCAGAAUACAAACACUGCCGGGAACGAUGUGAAGGUGGUUGAAGAAGCUGCCGGUACCGAGUACGCCCAGAAUGCCAAAGAAACGAAGGUGGUCGAAGAAGCUAUCGAUACCGAAGAAUGGCAGUGCGGCAAGUGCGGCUACGCGACGAAAUCUGCUGCUGAGUACAUCUACCACGAAUCUCUGCACGUCGAGGACAACACGAGUCUCGAGACUGCCGAUGCGACCCGAGACGUGCACCAAUGCACCAUCUGCCCGAAGACCUUCAAGAAGAAGAACAACCUCAUCGCACAUCUCCGUCGCCAUACCGGUGAGAAACGCUUUUUGUGCCCCAGCUGCAACCAGCCCUUCGCGACGCGCGCCAACCUGAACCAACAUCGCGCUACCAACUGUUCACCUUACUCUGAGCCUCAGGUCGACGGUGGUGAACGGCAGAGGAAUUACGUUUGCACCGUGUGCAAGAGCGCCUUCCAUACUCGCCACGUACUGCAGCGGCACAUGCUUCGUCAUACUGGCAAGAAGAUUCUCUGCGGGCUUCCCGGGUGUCCCACCGCCCUCAGGACCCCUCAGGAGCUCAAGAUUCAUCGCGAACGCAUCCACGACAUCCUGGAACUGGAUAGUCCCUAUCAGUGCCCCGAGUGCCCAUUCCGAACUAUAUCGCCGACGCGGCUACGCAGACACCAAAACUAUCACGAACGUCGAAGACCAAUUGAAGACGAGCAGGACGGCGCUGGAAGAAAAAUUGUGGAUGAAAAUUUUUACCACUGUGCUUAUACCGGCUGCGAAUUCAAGACUAAACUAAAGUCCCACCUGCAUCGACAUCUUCGACUUCACACCGGCUCCAAGCCUUACAGAUGCGCCCAUUGCCCCUACGCCAGCAACAACUUCGAGAACCUGAGGAAGCACGUGCUUUCGACGAGGAUUCACCCCGGCAAGUCAAUAUACGAAUGCACGCACUGCAACACCUUCAGGACGAACUUUUCGAGGGAACUACGAGCCCAUCUUCUUCAGAGUCACGGAGAGAACUUCCCGACCCCGGAACUCGCUGCUAGCCACGUCGCCUCGAUGUACAAUCCCGAAUCGGAUUCUCCCAAAAUCCAGUCUCAGGAGUAAAACAGUGACUGGGAAUCGACGAGGGUGGAAGAAUACGAGGCGAAAUAAGAAAAGAACGAUGAUAAGUUAUAGGUUGCAAAGUUAACGAUGUGAAUAAAGAGUGGAGGUAUC